AUGGAAAUAGUGAACACCAAAUUCCAAAAACGCUACGAAAAGCUAUGGACAUUUAUGUACACUAAUGGUGAAAAAGCCCAACUCGACUUCAUAAUGAUCAAUAAAAAAUGGCAAAACAGUGCAAGAAAUUGUGAAGCUUACAAUACAUUUUACUCAGUAGGCUCCGACCACAGAAUCAUGACAGCCUUAAGAAACCUAAGAAACAACUUCCUUGGGAAAGUGAAGACAUUGAGUCACACAGAGAAAUUGUCAAGAAAAAAACAAGAAAACUACACCAGCAAAACUACCAAGUGCAACAAACUUUCAUUAAACAAAGCUCUAGAUAACCUCAAAACAACAUAUGACUUAAAGAAAAAAGAAUAUCUAGAAAACAAAUUAUCAGAGAUCGAAGAUGCACACAUUCAAAAGAAACCCAAAAUAGCAUGGGUUACACUGAAAGAGAUAUCAAACAGCAAGAAAUCGUAUGCUGGCAGACCAUCUGGCCGUAAUCCUGCUGAAAAAAUCAAUCUCUGGCUAAAUCACUUCAAAAACCUCCUUGGUCAACCAGCUUCAUUACCAGAUAACAGCGAGGAAAUAGAACCUAUCAUUCUGGAAACUCUGUCUAUACCAACACAAUGGUUCACCAAGAAAGAACUACUUGCGGCCAUUAAAAGCACCAAAGCAGGUAAAGCAACAGGACUUGAUAACGUUCCUGCAGAAAUUUGGAAAUCCGGCAUUCUUACAGACGAAUUACUAGAAGUGUGCAUCAAAGUUUUUAGCACAGGAAACUGCCCAAACAUAUGGCGCAAGGCAGCAAUCAUACCUAUACCAAAGAAAGGAGACUUAACCAACCGUCAAAACUACAGAGGAAUAAGCUUGAUUCCAAUUGCACUUAAAAUCUACAAGAUGUUACACAACCGUCUCAAACCACACCUAGAGAAAAUUCUUCGUGUGAAUCAAAACGGGUUCAGAGAAGGCAGAUCGACUAUUGGUCAAAUCUUGGCCUUGCUAAUAAAGGCAGCAUACACCAACACCACUGCUCAAGUAGUUACGGAAGAUGGUAACACGGACUUCUUCAACAUUGAAGCUGGUGUCCUACAAGGUGACGCAGAUAUCCAGCAAUACACCUUACAGACAGACUACGCAGAUGACAUCGCUCUUCUAUCUGAUUCCAUCACCGAUGCCCAAAAUCUACUCGAUUUAGUAGUUAACGCAGCUAAAAUUGUUGGACUAAACAUCAAUGAAGAAACAACAGAAUACUUGUCCUAUAACAUUCUAGAUAAACCGCAAGCAAAUAUAAAAAAAAUCAAAUAUCUUGGAUCCUGGGUCGACAGUUCAGAAAAAGACAUCAAAAUAAGAAAAGCACAAGCAUGGUCAGCAACUCUCAAGAUGAAUAACAUAUGGAAAUCAGACCUACCACGCUCACUUAAGAUCAAUUUCUUUCGUGCAACGGUUGAAAGCAUUCGCUUAUAUGGUUCCGAAACUUGGACCUUAACCAAAAGCUUAAAUGAUGAGUUAGAUGGAACAUACACGCGGCUACUCAGACACAUCCUAAACAUCUCAUGGAGGGAGCACAUUACCAAUGAAGAGUUGUACAAAGAACUGCCAAAAUUGUCGGAAAACAUUAGAACUCGUAGACUAAAGUUUGCAGGACACUGCUUCAGAGCCUGCCUCCUCGGCCGCUCCUGGUGGAAGGAUCGGGUGCGCCCGACUGGACGAUCGGUUACCACUACUAUUGAGAGAAUUGGAGCAGCUGAGAGUUGA